AUGAGGACAGUUAAGUGUGUCUUAGUGGGUGAUGAAAACGCCGAUAAACGGGAGCUCUUCAUGAAGUAUGUGGAAGUGAUGAACGCUGAGGUUGAACCAGCCACAGACGAAAUCGCAUCUAGCGCCUGCGCAGAUCCGCUACACGAGGAAAUAAACGAGACUCUCCGAAAUGGGGAAGUCAGUCAGGACCAAGAUUUACAGAAAACCGUUGAGAGAGUUGAAAGCACUCACACUCAUCCGAAUUUCAGGGUUAUUCACUGCGAUGCGGAGAAGGGUAGCGUGUCAAGCGUAGACUCUAACCAGGACUCUUUAGAGGAGUGGUCUGGCACUGUUACUGUUAACGGGAAGUAUUUCUUUCUGGAAGUGUUUGACGCGCGGUGCAACGAAGCCUUCGAUAACAUCAGACCCGACAUUUAUGCCGACACGGACAUUUUCCUGGUUUGUUUUUCGGUCGUUCGCGCGACGUCCUGGGACAAUGUCUUGAGUAAGUGGAUACCGGAAAUCCAGGAGUUCUGCCCCAUUACUCCGUUUAUUUUAGUUGGAACGCACACGGAAUGGCGUGAGCUCUGGGAUGAAAAAGAUCCUUCGAGGAAACCGGUUUAUUCAGUUACAGGAACCGGUUAUGCCCAGCAAGUUGGCGCCGUCAGGUACUUGGAGUUUUCGACUUGUGACAAUGAGGUGCGACAGAUAUUUGACGCGGCUAUUCUUGUGAGCGUCAUGGACCGCAUGGAACUCUCUACGUUCAGCCCGGAUUUCGACAAAGAGGGAUCAACUCUGCUCCAUCGCGCUGCCAGACGAAAUCACAUCCCUUCGCUGGAAGCCCUUGUCGAUUCCAUUGAUGUGACGGCUAAAGACAAAGAGUUCAAUACCGCUUUAGAUGCUGCUCUAAAAGGGAACAACUUGCAAGCGGUGCGCUUUCUCCUGGAAAGCGGAUGCGAAAUGCCUACCCCACCCGAACCGUGGAAGAAAGUCUGUGAGUUUUGGGUCAACGAUAGCGAGGAUUCAGAUCGUGUUGUAAAUAGUGACAUUACUGAAUUUACGCGACAGUUGACCUUCUUUUACACUUCUGCUUCGCCACGCCCGCUUGCUAGAAUUCUUCUGAUUGGUCAGAACGGGACCGAUGUUGCCAAGUUUGUGAACGAGACCGUGCCUAUGUUGCCAGUGCGAUCGCUUACCAUUGCUAACACUGAGGGACUUGCGCUCUUUGAUUUCUCACACGUCCAACACUGCUUGGAGUCUUUAACCAUCACCAAUUGUGAUUUCGGCGGCAUUGAGUUACCAGGGACAAUUUAUUCGAUAACGAGCCUGCUGAGUUUGUGUGUCGUUAAGUGCGGCCUGUCACGUUUGUCUGAACGUCUGGGCGAUUUGAAAAGCUUGCAUCGUUUGCGUCUUAGUGGAAACAAGAUUAAGAAACUUCCCGAUACGAUUUCCAGGCUGCAGAAAUUGAGGCAUGCGCACUGUGAUCGAAACGCGCUGGACAAUUUGCCCGACACUCUCGGCUGCCUUGGCUCGCUCGAGACCCUGAAUAUAAGCCACAACAAGUUAGAGAAGUUGUCCCCUUCGCUGGGUCUAUUGAGCAAGCUGCAAAAUCUCUGGUUCACGCGAAAUCGACUGAAGUUUCCUCCCACUCACAUUCUCAAUAAGGGAACUGAAAGCAUUUUAGAGUUUCUUAGCGAUUUCUUAGAUGAUCCUGUUUCCAAUAGUCAGAUCAAAAUGGUGGUCGUGGGAGAAAGCAGCGUUGGUAAAACUGCUGUUAUAAAGGCUCUUCGCCACAAUAGGGACUGGCGAAUCGGCGGUGUUGGUGAACUCGACAGAACGGAAGGGGUGGAAAUCUCGUCUAUUGACCUGAUGCUUCUGAAGCUGAAAGUUUUUGAUUUAGCUGGAGACGAAGCGCUGUUCAGUUCGCAUCAGCUCUUCUUGUCAGAGAACACUCUCUAUCAAGUUGUUUUCGACAUGAGCGCGUUCACAGUGAGCAAGACGUCGUUGUCGAUUUAUCAGCUUGGAAGAGUAGAACUUUGGCUGCAAGUAAUUUACUCCAGAGCUCCAAAUUCACACGUUGUUCUCAUAGGUACGCACGCUGACCACCCAAAUCUCACAGAUGAAAUCCGUGGGCGCAUCCGUGAAGACAUCGAGACGCUCCUGAGUAAGUAUCGUCGAGAACACAAACGCCAGUUCGAAGGAGAAGCAGUGCCUCAGUGCGGCCUUUGUGAGGGUACCCUAGUUUGUGAGGGCUUUGGUGGCUCAACGUUUUACGUCCAGGAGAAAGAACUUCCUCGUGCUUCUGCUGUCGCUCCAGAACCCUGCGUUCCACACGUUGUGGGUUACUACGAGGUGAGCUGCCAGGCCCAGUUUCCAAAGAAUUUCCUGAGUUCCAAGAAUGGAAGCCUGCAGAAACUCAAGGUGGGAGUGGGUUCCAGUGCGCAUGUUCUCCUCAACACCAAGGUCAGUUCACGAAUCCCGCAAAAAUGCCUUUACGUCAGGGAUCGCAUCCAGGAGAUGUGCAACGCAGACAGCGAACUUAAGAAAUGGCCGCUGCUGACAUAUGAGCGUCUACGCGAGAUCGCUCACGGCUGUGGAGUCAAUCAAGACUUCAAGCUCAAGGCUCUCAUGACCUACUUUCACUCUCAAGGAGAGAUUCUAUGGUACGAAGACAUGCCCGGUAUCGGUGACGUAAUCUUCGUCGAUCCUUCGUGGCUGUCGAAACAGAUGUGUCUCCUCGUCAGGUCGCACGCGGGUGCGAGCUCGGGUUUGGACGGAAUACUUCGGAUUGACAACCUGGCCAAGACGUGGCCUGGAGUACCCGAAGGGCAACGUUUUUCCAUGCUGACCUUGUUCAGGAAUCUAGGAUUAUGUGUCCCCCUGUCGGAAACCGAAGACCUUGUUCCCUUUCAGUUGCCUAUUGGUCGUCCAGACAAGGACUUGUGGCCCCCACAACCGUCGGAAGACGAUCGGCAGAUAAGCUCGGAAUUUCACUUCGGCUUUCUUCCACCGACGUUCUUCAGUGACCUUACAGUAGCUAUCAACAGAAGAAGCCUGCCGAACAGCAUGGAGAUAGAGCCGACCUUCUACCGCUUCCACAUGGUGUUUGCCACCACAUACUUAGCCAGCAUGGGGUGUUCUCUCCACUGUAAAGAGAUGACCGCUCACCCUUUAGCAGAGAACAAUGUCGUGCAUAGGGUCAGUAUCGAAGCUGUCCCAUUUGAACACAAGCUGAAGGUAAUAAUUCGGGGAUCCGUCCCUUGCUGUGUUCUACCAGACAUAAGAGCGGCAAUCAAGAUGGUUGUGGACACACGCUAUCCUGGAACACGCUACAUAAGGCGGAUAAUUUGCCCCGUGUGUGAACGCUCCGGGUUUCAGAGCCCUGCUCUUCUAAGCAACUUCUUUAGUGAGGGUGAGAAUUUCUGCUCUUGGGGUCACCCCCUUGGAAGAGAGGCGGCUAUUUUAGCUGGUGAUCCUCCUGCUGUUCGUCUUGCUCCAAAGCUCCCGCCUAAAACAAAAGGAGAGGUGAGACUGGGGGUGUUUUUCGACGAGGCUGGAGGAGUACUUGAAGACCGCUACUGCCCUAGACUUCUUGCUGUGUUUCCAAUCGGCUUUCAAAGCGCACCGUUCAAAAACCGCCUUCUUGUGAACUCGCCGCUACGAGACGGUUACGCAGUGCACUUUCUUUGCGAAUGUCCCGGAUACUGGCACUUAACAGGAGGCCCAGGUUUCCGCAUUCCCAACAUCCAAGAAUUUCUGGAGGUCUUCGGUGGCCGUGCGUGCAAGCUCUUAAAAUUGGCUUUCAUGCUACGAGAGAAGGACCCCGGAAGUGAGCCUGAGACGUCACGCGUCCCUGUCAAAAUCGUGUUGGGUGACAUUCCGAAAUUUCGCGACAUCCUGAUAACGGACAUACAGUAUCUUCUAGAACAUUACUUCGUGGAGUUCCCUGACCUAAGGAAGACCUGCACCAGUUUCCUGCAAGACGACUUAAAAUAUCUGCAGAGCUACGAAGCGCUAAGCCGAGGCAAGAUGUGCAAAUUGCUGGAAAUUUCGCCGGACUGGUGGAGGGUCGGCCCGCUCGUUUGUACUUACAACAAGCGAACGAGGGAACAUCUUUGGCUGUGCGAAAAACAUACGGUGUGAAGAGGAAUAGAAACUCUUGCCCUUAUGAAUUCAAGUUUUGUAAGUUAAACCGUUGAAGAAAUCAAAGCUGAAGGCAAGAGCAGUUGUCAGAGGAACACGACACUUGAGUAAGGAAACUCAUAUCAGUUCUCAUACCAGGGCUGGGUAAAAAAACAAAGAUUUUCAACCUCCCUAAAUCCGUCUAGAGAAAGGUUGCGUUGUCGGAGAUUUGUAUGAACGACUCUCGCAAUGGAUAUUUGACAAAAUACUUGUCCCUGGGGAUGAAUACUCCCUAUAAUGGCCUAUAUGGGGAGGCUCCGUCCGAAAGGGGUACCUUUUUCAGGCUUCAGGGAGAGGAGGGUUUCUGCGAAGUUAAAGUAUAUAAAAGGGUCGGAAAAAUCUGUCAUUUUGGUCUGUAAAAUGACCUAUUAUGGCUAAAACAGAAUCUUGUGGCUGUGAAAAAGUCGAGAAAAUAUUCCAGUUUUGUUAUUUAGUCAUAUUUUAAAGAAAGUGCACUUAUAGCAGUUAAAAGGGAUGCAAAGUUCUAAACUAGGUAUGAGGGGUGAGGAGCGGGACCUCGGGGCGGAGCCUCCCCAUACCCCAUAUAUAACUUUGUUGACUACACCCCCCUGGACACUUGUUUGAAUAGUAACAGAAAGAUGAAGUAAUCGACUUAUGAACGUUGUGUGUAUGCAUCAACAGAAGAUUUGCCCACUUGAACUGGCCAAUUCCCACUGAAAUUGGUAGAGAAGCUUGCUCAGCGUAAGAAAAUUUUGCGUACUAGUUGGUGAUAGGUCAGUUACAGUGGGUAAAUUCCGGAUGUUCACAAAGUAUUUAAGUCCAACACUGAAUAGUUACUUUCUGUUGACCUAUUUCUAUUUCCCGUUUAAGGCGUGUUCGAUUGACCUUGUUCCGGAAUAAGAAUGAAGGAAUCAACUCUAAACAUCACUCAUUUUGGCUUUCAUUCCUUUGCAAAAAGAAAUCUGCUUGAAUCGAAAUAUCUAAAUUAAAUGGUCCAAAUAUCACGAUACAAGAGAUUUGCAGCGAAACUUUGGUGUAUUCUUAUUUCGGAAUGCAACCAAUCAAACGCACCAUUAAAUAGUUUAAAACGGACUGUAACAUUCUCGUCCCCAGAGCUACUCGGCUUAAUUUUUAACAAACGACCUCGUGACCAAACGAAAGGAGGGGGCCCUGAUAACGAGAAUACAUGUGAGAGUGACAACAAAAAGGGAAAUCGGAAUUUCUCACCGUUUUUUGUUUUUGUUUGUUAGUUUUCUUUCUCUUCUCCCCCCUCUUACAGUCUAGCAUUAAUUAAUUUUCUCUAGAUCGCUUUUUUCACGCAGUUGUAAUUUGUAAUGUGGGGGCAUGAAUGACUUCAGUACUGGACGCGAGAUUCAGUCUUAACCUUUCUUGUCUUUGUAACAUAUUUGCACUGUUAGAAUGGCCGCAGACAUAAUUUUGGGGCUUUUUCCGUGACGUUUAUUUAAAGGAAUCACUGCUUUAAUUGAAUAUUUUUGAAACGCCCUUGUCAGGUAGCGUUUUGUUUUCAAUUAUGAAAAAUCAUGUACCAGUACUUAAUUGAAAUUUUCUUGACAAUAUAGUUUAGAGCUAGAUUUGCAAAUUAUAUUUGUACAGGCGACCCAAAAGUAUUUUUGCAGGAAGUUGUAAUUGUUCUCAUCAAACGACCAAAAGUCUUUACAGUCGAAACAUGUAGGGUUCGACACUAGCAGGAACGGAUCAAUAGCUUGAGUCAGGGGGAGAUACUUUCUUACCGGGGGGAGCUCUCGACCCCGUGUGGCUCUGUUUUUGGCCAAUAUAGAUACACAGGUGACCCGAAAGUAUUUUAGCAGGAAGUUGUAAUUGUUCCGUCUAACGAUCAAAAGUCUUUACAGUCGAACCAUAAAGCAAACCAUGUAGGGUUCGACUCUAGCAGGAACAGAUCAAUAGAAGAUACUUCUUACCGGGGGGGGGGGAAGCUGUCGACCCCGUGUGGCUCUGUUUUGGGCCAAUAUAGAUUGGGUAGAGCGGAGCCCCUUACCCUGGGUACCAGAGGUUUUUCUCGCGUGCGGCGGGAGUUUUCGGUGUUGGCCGAAGGCCGAGGCCGCGAGAAAAACUUUUUGCGCGGGUCACCAUAGAGUCUUGACAGAAACCGGAAACCGCGCUAGAAAAGUCUCUGGCACCCAGGGUAGAGCCCACUUCCCUUAAUCCCACGCCAAUGUCAUUAAAAGCGUCUAUAUUUUUUAGGUAAUGAGUGUUUAAAGGUUGGGACCAAGAGAAUUGCCCACGUAACAGCGAUGUUACCCUACUACAGAGACUUAAGACAGUUUUAUUUUUGGUCAAGGAGAACAAGAAACAAUUGUAAUAAAUGAUACAGCUUUUCAAGUGCUGUUUCCAGUUACUUUUACUUUUAAGUCACUGAACUUGUUGUACGUUUACCCCGGGUACCAGAAUUUUUUUUCUUCGCGUGCAGCGGGAUGCCUCGGUGUGGGGCACGUUAGGCCGACAAAUCUUCGGCCUAAACGGCGGCAAGCGCGAGCGUAACCAGCGCGCGAGACCCUCACGUUGGAGAAUGGCACCGUUCUUUAGUGCGCGGCCUUCGGUUCGCGAGUUUCCGAGUUCGACUUGUUUCAACUUCUUUUCUUUCGGUGCAGCUUUAAUUAGUUUAUUUAGCUUUAAAUACCCUGAAAGCGGAGCAUUGAUGGAGAGAGGAGUUGGGGGGGGGGGGGGGGGGGAAAAUGAAUGACCCGGCGAACUAAUUUUUACCAGCGGAAUUACUUUCCCGAGCCCAGUGUCUACCCAAAAAAAUAUAUUUUUUUUACCUUUUUUACUUUUCUCUCCCCCCGUUUAGACCAAAAGUGGACGAAAAAAUGGGAGACGGGUCGCGCGACACGCGCGGCGUGACAGGGCGGGGGCGCGGCGGGCGGCCCGGGCGCUGCCCCCCUGGGUGGAGGGGGUGUGUCGUGUUUGGGGUGCGGGUCUUGGUGUUUGUGUUUUUUUUUUUUUUUUUUUUUUUUCUUUUUUUUUUUGGUUUGUUUUUUUAUUUUUUUUUUUUAAGAUAAAAAGGGGGGAGGGGGGGGGGGGGGGGGGGGGGGGGGGGGGGGGGGGGGGGGGGGGGGGGGGGGUAAAAUGAAUGCACCGUCGAACUCAAUUUUACCAGCUGAAUUACUGUCACGAGCCUAGUGUCUACGCAAAAUAAUAUAGUUGUUUUACCUUUUUUACAUUUCUCUCCUCACGUUCUGGGCAAAACGUGAGCGAACAAACUAGCGAUGAGUGGCGACGCUUACAUUUAACCAACCAUUGUAACUGAGCACAAGGGCUUAACGAAUAUUUUAUUUAUAGUGUACAACCAUAAUUGAAGUCAAGCUAUCAGUAAGAUUAAGAGGCGCAUGUAGGCGUGGCUUGCAUAAGAAUUAUGGCAUUGCAACCCUCUUUUUAAAAUAGUGUCGAUUUAGUUGUUUCACACUUUUGUUACUUGGAAGCAAAUUCCCUUGGCGCACGCUGGAGCGUUAUAAUAAAUCCCAUAUUGCAUUAUUGCAUGAGCAUAAGCAGUUAAAAAUGCUAUAUAGUUGUUUGACCCGGGAAUUUUGGAAGCUUAGAACAACGCAAGUGAAAGCUAGCUUGUUUCAAGUACAUACAUAUACAGAAGUGAAAAUGAGAAUGCUUGCUCAAGAAUCAGUUCAAUUAAUACCCAGAGUCGAUAUCAACGACGUUAAAGUCAUUCGCCUUUUAGGUUCGGGUGGAUUCGGGUCCGUUUUUGAAGCGAUUCACAACAACUGCAAAGUCGCUCUGAAGAAAUUUCACACCAACACUCGCAACAAGAAGGCUGCGAUGCAAAGCUUCGAAGCAGAAAUGCACCACGAGGUUUUGUCUCUAAAACACCCGAAUAUCGUCAAAGUUUUGGCUGCGAACGUUGCGUCAAGUCUGGAAGACCAACCAUGUAUAAUUAUGGAGUUUGUCAGCACCAGAAAUCUGCAGCACGUUAUUGACGAUGCUGAGGAAAAGAUCGAUUUCAAACGGCGCGUAAAAUUUGCAUACGAGGUGGCCACCGCUUUGGAAUAUGUGCACGAGAAUAGCAUCGCACACCUCGACCUCAAACCGGCUAAUGUGCUUGUAACGCAAGAAGGAAACUGCAAACUCGCAGACUUUGGUUGCUGCCAGAUAAUCCAAGAACGACCGAACACGCCGUCCAGAUCAUACCUCACCGGCACAUUUGCGUACAGAGCCCCGGAACUUCUGAAAGGAGAAAGCCCAUCAUUCAAAGCAGAUGUCUUCUCUUUCGGAAUAUGUUUAUGGCAGUUUUGGACACGGGAGAUUCCCUACAAAUUACAAAAUCAUCAAAUUGUCAUUUUCCGUGUCGUAGCCUGUAAUCUACGACCCGAGAUCCCCGAAGGAAAUGACGUGGAUAACCGGUAUAGGGAACUGAUGACGUCAUCGUGGUCU